ACUUUUAUUUCAUUUAAAUUUAAAAAAUUGAUUUAAAUAAAAUAGGAUAUUUUUGAUUUUAAAAAAUCAUUGAUUUUUAUCCACCCUGCCUCCUCCUUGUCUACAAAGUCUUAUCUCAUUUGCCCACCGCCUACAUCUGUGUUAAUUUCCUUCUUCUCCUCUAAUUGUUCUACCCAUCUCUCCUCAUAAUCAUCUUUCCUUACCACUCCCGUGUAUUCUCCCACUCCCAGGUUAAUUCAUGCUUCCCCUCUGCUUGAAAUAGUUUUUCACUUCUUGUCUGUCAGUCUUCUCAUCUCUCUCUCUCUUUACUUUUUCAAAUUCCUCUUUAAAACCCAAUUUGUCAAGGAAUCCUCUACUCCCCAGUGCUGUCCACACCCUCCAUAUUUAUGCUAUUGUCCUGUGUUAUGUCUGUCUUAAACACUAUUGUGGCUCUCAAUACCUAGCUCCUAACAUCAGUAGAUCUCAAAGUGCUUUACAAAGGAAUUCAGUGUCAUUAUCCCCGUUUUACACAUAGGGAAGCUGAGGCAGGGAGCAUUGAAGUGAUUUGUUCAUAGUCACCCAGUAGGCUAGCUGUAGAGCCAGGAGUUAGAUCCCACGUCUCCUGAGUUCUGUACAGUGCCCAGUCCUCUGGGCCACAUUGACUAGGUGAACUAUUGUGCCUGCACACUAUCAGUUGCAGGAUCAGGUCCUUAGAAAAUUAAACUGGUUGGGACAAGGAACAUGCCUCAGUCUUUGAAGUCCCAUGUAAGUUUAUUUCACUGUCUUAAGCGAUUAAUGAUAAUAGUUUGAGUUAAUGACCUUGCUGAGAGAAUGAUCCUAAACCUUUAAAUUGAAAAUGUUAUUGUUCCAAGAGAAAGUUGUUUAUAGAACUUAAAGCCACCAGUUUGUCUGUCCUAAGGUAGCAUUGUGGAGGCAGGACUCUCCGCCCCUUGACAAAAGUCUGAGCUCUGGGGAAGAUAAGAUGAGUCUGGGUCACAUGUGUGUAUUUAUAAAAUUUAACCUAUAGGGCUAGCCUGCUUGAUUGCCUAUAUAUUUUUUCUUAUGGAUUUCUUAUUUUCUUGUGGGUUUGAUUAUUUGUUUUAUUAUAAUAGAUUUAUAGGUUUAUAUUAAAGUAUUUUGGCUGUAACCACAAGAAACCUACAGGCCACAUCCUACAGGUUGAGCUUAAGCAAAGUUAGCAUACACAUGUUUGGGACCUUUCACCUAUAUAGGUGAUGAUGAGAGAAAGCAUAAGGUCCAUAUAUGGAUGCGACCUUUAACAUAGAUAGGUAAAGGAUACGUAGAGGUAGGUUGGCAUGGGGGGCUUCCUAAAUUCAUACCCUCUGUAAAUUUAACAGGAACACCACAAGGAAAGAACCAAAAUAACCGGGUAGGACAGAAAUAACAAAUGUGAGAAUGAUCUGAUGUCAUUAAUAUGUAUGUAUAUGUCAUCAAUAUGUACAAACAUACCAGCCUGUGGUAGCCUAACAUUUUGUGGUUGAGGAAACUAAGUUUGGACAUAGAAGGAGGGCCUGAGUGCUUGAGCUCUAUAAGAGCGGUGACCCACCAUGCCAAGGAAGCUUCUAAGGUUCUAAGCUUCAGGGGUUAUAAGCUUCAAGUUUCAAGCCUUCUUUGUUUAUUAGUCCAUUAGUCUGUUAGUUCUUAACUGUAAGUUUUAGGUCAGUUAGUUAAGUAAAACUCUAAGUUAGCUUCAAUAGCUUUUAGCUCUUUAGCUUCUCCUAAGCUUUGCACCUCCCACGCAAGAAUUGAGGAACCUGGACCAGAAGUCCCUUGGCAUGCCAGAGGCGAGGCUAGUUCUUUGUCUCUUACAACCAGGUUAUCAAUGAAGAGUGAUUUGCUUAGAGAGCUGCAUGAAUUCCUGGAGUACAAUAAAGAAAAAGAGGACAGAUUUUGUUGUGAAAUAGCUGACCCCCCAUGUAAGAGAAUCAGACUUGAGAACAUGGGAGAAGGGGCUGAGGAUUUGAAUCAAAAUGGGGCCCUCCAGCAGACCCCUGUGGCAGAUGAUGUAAAUGUUGCUAUGGCGAACUCUACUCUGAAGGUUUGCAAUGUGUGCUUGGGAAUUCUUCAGGAGUUCUGCGAGACAGAUUUUGUUAAGAAGGUGUGCCAAAAGGUUAAUUCUGCUGAGUACCAGUUUACUAGCUUUGUAUUUUCUGUGUCGCUCCCACCACAGUUGUCUGUUAGAGAGCAUGCUGCCUGGCUGCUGGUAAAAGAGGAAAUGGGAAAACAGGGCCUGUCACUGGCAAAAGAGGACAUUGUUCAGCUGAAAGAAACAUACAAAUGGAUUAUUCAUCCCCUAUUCUCAGAGGAGCUGGGUGUUCCUGCCGAUGGAAAGAGCUUGUUCGAAGUGAGUGUGGUCUUUGCUCACCCGGAAACUGAUGAGGAUUGCCAUUUCCUAGCCAGAGUGUGUCCAGACUGUUUCAAGCCAGCGAAGAAUAAACAGUCUGUUUUCACAAGAAUGGCAAUUAUAAAGGCUUUGGAUAAGAUAAAAGAAGAGGAUUUCCGUGAGCAUUUUCCAUGUCCCCCAAGUUCACCAAAGAAUAUCUGUGCUGCUCUGGAAAUUCAGUGCACUAAUGGUGCAAUUUUUGUGGCUGGAAGGUACAACAAAUAUUCAAGGAAUUUACCACAAACUCCCUGGAUUAUAGAUGGAGAGCGAAAGCUGGAGUCUUCAGUGGAAGAGCUGAUUUCAGAGCACCUAAUGACAGCGUUUAAAGCAGAUAGUUUUAAUUUUUCAUCCUCGGGAAGAGAAGAUGUGGAUGUGAGAACGCUAGGCAGUGGAAGGCCCUUUGCAAUUGAGCUUGUGAAUCCUCAUAGAAUACAUUUUACUGCCAUGGAAAUGAAGGAACUUCAGCAGAAAAUUAAUAACUCUUCAGACAAAAUAAAAGUUCGAGAUUUACAGCUUGUCACCAGAGAGGCCAUUGGACAUAUGAAAGAAGGAGAGGAGGAAAAGACAAAGACCUACAGUGCCUUAAUAUGGACAGAUAAAGCAAUACAGAAGGAAGAUAUUGCACUUCUAGAUGAUAUGAAGGAAUUAAAGAUUGAUCAAAAAACACCUCUGCGGGUUCUUCACAGAAGGCCUUUAGCUGUAAGAUCUCGUGUCAUUCAUACCAUGAAAUCCGAGUACAUAGAUGACCAUCACUUUCGCCUGCAUCUGAAAACUCAGGCAGGGACUUACAUUAAAGAGUUUGUACACGGAGAUUUUGGAAGAACAAAACCCAAUAUUGGCUUCCUACUUAAGAGAACUGCUGACAUUCUGGAGCUGGAUGUAGAGUCUGUUGAUGUUGAUUGGCCUCCAACCCUGAAUGAUUAGAGUCUUUCAUUCAGAAGAAGAGUGGGAAGAGGAAGAGUGACUUGACUCUCUUAUCAGGAGCUAACAACAAAUUGAACUGUGUACUGUAUGAUAACUUGUUUAUCCCCUGCAAAAUAUUUCUGUUGAACAUUUGGAUCAUGUUGAUCUGUCAGGUUUUUUUAAUUGGCUUAAAAACUCAGGAUCAGUUGAUGCUUGUUCAAUUAAUUUGCAGCCUUAUUGUAAAUAAAUUACCAUCCCGUGUAAAGGGGUCUCUGACAGGCUGUAUUAAUGAUGUAUUAAUAGCAGUAAGUGGUUUCUUUUAAAAAAAAUUAUUUAGAGAGAUGUCCAAACCCUGAUCUUUGCAAGCUAUACCAAAUAUGCUUUCCUGAAUAUUGUUUGAAACCCUUUGAUUGAAAGGAGAAGUUCCCCUCCCUGCAACCACACAUACCCAUAUAUCAUCUAAUUUUAUUCCUAACCAGAAAAAAAAAGUAGACACGUUUGUAUCAGAUACCAUAAGCAUAAUCUUAUCUAGAUGUUUGUACCACUUCCCAGAUCAGCAGUCUAAAAGCCUGUUCCUAAGUACGCCAAAGACUAUUCAUAUAAAGGAUUUGUUAUAGUCUGAUCCUGACAAUUCUCAGUUAAUAUGGAAUUCUGAAAUCAGUGGGACUACUCCUGGAGUGAGGAGUACUCAACAUGCGUAGGGGCAGCAGAAUCGGGCCUACAAUAUUUCCCCGAUAUAUGUACUGGUGCUGGUUGGAUUUUGACUAUUGUAGGGGGGAGGGGGUGGCUAAAAACUUUAUACCCAAAAAUUCAGUUCAGAAAUUCAGGAGGUGCCUCAUGGGAUUUGUAGUUCAAGUACCUCAUACUCCUAUUCUCUUCUGUAGGCCAGGGUCCCUGACCAGCCUACAUCUCCCAUGUCUCCCCUCUUGCUGAGCCCCUGUGUGCAGCAUGAGAGAUGUAGUCUGGCUGGGGAAGCCACCACAUGAAGGAGAGUGGGGACAUGAGGUGCCCAAACUACAACUCUUUCAGGGACCGUAGUGGCAUUACUGAACAGAAAUAUUUGGGGUUUUGGCUGACAAACAUGUUGCGGUUUUUCUGACAUAAGCUGAAAAUUCCCACAGAAAGUAGCCAAUUUUUUUGAAAAAUUUCAUCUAGUUGAAAACUCCAUUUUCCAUCAGAAAAACAGUUUUAAUUGAUUUUUUUUUUUUAAUCAUCCCUAGGGUAUACUUACUAUGUUCAUUGAUUAAUUUUAUUUUAUUGUGCUACUUCUUUAGCAUAAUAGUGGCAGGUCCAAGUUCCUCUGCAAAAGAGCCGUAAAAGUAGCCAUCUGUUUGUGUUACAUUUUGUGUGCAGGUUUACACCACAUCCCACUUCCUGUACAAAAAGUGAAAGACAGAUAAAAAGUUCAAGUCAUGAUAGAAUUUUAGCAUGAAGUACAGAAAAGGCCUAAUCUAAAGAAAGCAAGCUAAUUCACUACCCAUAUGGCUCUACCUGCAGUAGGAACGGUGAGGCUGUAGUAUAUGUGGUUUUCUGGCAUUUUUAUGUCAGCAAAAACAUUUGAGUCCAGUCUGCGCUACCAGUGGUGAAUCACAAGGCCCCGAUUUGCCACUGUAGCUGAAGCUAAGGUAUAUAGAAGCGUAUGAAAACUUGUGUAUAAAUUAACAAGUCCCCACUUUAAUAUGUGAGUGUGAAAUGGCCUCACAGGUUGUAACCCAAAUGAGAAAUUAAGAGGACUGCCUUACAACACGUCUUGCUAUAUUUGAUGAAAUCAAGACUGAGUGAGUGCAUCAUAGAGCUAUUUCUGCUCCUAUGAAGCACAAAAAGAUGAAUACAGAUUCAGGAAGAAAUUGAGGGGAUUUGGAAUUAUUAAAGAGGCUUUUUCUUAAAAUGUUUCAGAAAUAUGUCAGGUAUUCUGCAAGACACACUGCUAUUUAUGUGGUGGUGGGGGGAGGAACUGUUGGGUGGACUGUACCCACUGCUAGGGUCAGGAAAGACUCAUUAAAUUAGUUCCUCUUCUCCACUAUCUCCAACAUGUAAACAUGGAUGUAGGAGUUCAAAAGUACAUUUCUGUUUCUUUCUAGAAUCAGGAGCAUAAUUUAGACUACAGGUUUUGUUUCUAAUAUAAAAGUUACUAUGAGCAAACGCUUCCAGCAGUAGUUGACUUAGAUAAUCAUCUGUGUGAACAGUUACAAACACUAAGAAAGGAGACUAUGUGAAUGAUGGAAAACAUAAGAAAUUGAAUGCACAAAAGAGAAACCCAGCAUAAUUGUCUUGAUUUCUUGAACCUAUUAAUAAUGAUUUCUAAAUUCCAAAAUCUAUAGGGAAAAAUCAGCAGGAAUAGACAUAGCAGAUAUCACACAACAGCCCCUCCUGUCUGCUACAAAGCUAACAAGGCAAAAAAAGAGAGAGAGCACGCUGCUAGUGCUGUCUUAGUACAAAAAAACACUCUGGUCACCAUUCUCUCUAAUAUAGCGUGUGCUAUGGGAGCAAUGAAGACACCAUUUAGAGCUAGAGUGUAGCUGGAUGAUGAGAUUGUAAGGGCUAUUUUAAAAUAUAGGGUCUAAUCUCCCUUCCUUGCAUCUGCAGAGCUCCCAAAGAUCCUGAAUCACAACAGGCUUUCCCUAAUAUAUCUGCAUUGGGGGUGAAAGUAACUUAACUGACUUACUGGUACAAGAGUAGCAGGGGUCCUGGGCAGGGGGGGUGCCUCUGGGCCCCCAGAAGGGGUGGGGCUGAGGCCAGGGCCAGACUUCCCCAGUCAGUACUGCCCGGCCCGCGCCAGCGAUUGAAAGGGCCUGGGGUUCCCGGCUGUUGCUACCAUGCCAGUGGAGGCCAGGAGCCCCGGGCCCUUUAAAUUGCUGCUGGGCUCCUGGCAACUACCACGCCAGCAGCUGGAGCCCUGGGCCCUUUUAAAUCGCCGGGCUCCGGGGCAGCUGCCUCUUUUGCCCCCCCCAUCAGCGGCCCUGCCCAUACAGUCAGCUGUGUACCAGCAGCCACUUUCUUACCGGUAUGCCGUACUGGCUUACUUUCACCUCUGGGUAUAAUGCACAUGAAACUAAGGUGGUAGCUAAGGUGCCUAUACACAUAACCAUCCAAUUAUGUUCAUUGGCUACGUAGUGAAAGUGAUCACAUAAAAUAUAAAGAAAAUUUUGAAAAGCUAAUAUAAUUUGUUUUGCAACUUUGUUAAAAUCUGCAGGUUUAACAAGAAAAUAAACCCUUCUCUCCUUCA